CUGCUAGUGAAGUUGCUACAGCUCACAUUACCUGAAUGCAACCGUCUCCUCAACUGGUCAAGAAGAACAAGACAAAGAUGGGCAUUCAAGUCCAGGAUUCUCAUGGCUGCUGUGGUUGUGGAAGCGGCUGCCUGGGACCACUGACUUUUCAUUCAGAAGCCAAAGGGCAACUAGUGACUCUGAGUGAAGAUGGUCGACGGGCAACCAGAGACACCACAUCUUUUCGUCACGGGCUGAUCUUCAGCAGCCGACCACUGAGGAUCAUGGAGAAAGUGCACAUUCGGAUUGAGCGCUCCGUGAGGGCUUGGCAUGGUGCAAUGCGAGUCGGCUUGACUAGUGUUGCUCCCGGGUCCACAACCAUACCCUCUCUCGCCAUCCCCGAACUCACGAACUCUCCAGGGUACUGGGCCAUACCUGUGCCAGAGCACCAAUGCCUGCCGAGGUCAGAGCUCAUUUUCUGGGUCAGUCACUGUGGAACCCUACAUGUAAAGACAGACGACGGGCAGAAGCACAGCUUGAAAACCAGAGUGGACACGCACAAGCCAAUGUGGGCGAUGAUUGAUGUUUAUGGGCAGACUAAUGCUGUCCUCUUACUUGGCUCUAUUAAGAAGUGUCUGUUCACCACACGCCGGUCCUGCCCUGUUCCCACAGUUGAGCCCACAGACGACAACUGUGGCUACAGUGAAAUCCCCAUUAAAACAGUGGAGAGGAUGAUGGGCCAGAAAAGCCUAGGAGAACCUGGGAAUCAGGAGAACCUCAGUCUUCCCUGCUCGCAAAACAACAGCCAGAACACAAGUAACGAAAGCAUGGAGGAGUGUGUGGUGUGUUACUCGGACAUUGCGAAUGUGAUGCUGAUAUGUGGUCACCGCUGUGUGUGUUCUCAAUGUGCCUUGAGGGUCUUCAGUGAAUUUGGGUCGUGUCCACUGUGUCGUCAUCACUUACAUCCAGAUCACUGUUACAAGGGCACAUAAAGGCGCAGUUGAGAGUGAGAGAAAUGGACACAAUGACAAUAUCAAAGCCCUUUGAUUUCUAUGUUACAUUAGUUUCUACAGCUUGUUAAUGUUAGUGCACACAGCAAGGGCUACAAGCUUUGUGAAAGCGGCAUGGGAAAAGUAAUCACUACAAACGGUGUAGCGUUUAGAGCUAAGUUAUGCUGAAAUGUUUAAAACACUGGAAUGCUGGAUUUGUCAUUACCUCGUAAAUGAUUUGCUGUCUUUUUAUUGUAAUCCUAUUCUAACAAAAAUGUACAGGAUGUGUAAAUAAUGUAUUUAUACAGUAAAUAUAUUUUUAUGUCUAUUUCUAUUUAAGCCUGUGUAAACUUUCAAGCUGAUUUUUUAAUUUAAAUGUACUGCACUACAGAUACUGUACGAUAGCACAGUUGAUCCCCUUGCUAUAUUUCAUAUCAAGUUUAUUUGACUGAAUUACUGAAGAUGGAUAAUUACAAUGAUCAUCAGGUCAGAAAGAUAUUAGAAUUAGUAUAAUCAUCUCUAUUCCUAAUAUCUUGUGUAUUUCUGAAUACAUGGUGUCUUUCAACCUGACACAAUUGAUAAAAUACCCAUGUACAGUGAUCUGUGGCAAUUGUCAAUGUGUCCACUCACUGUCCACUCUAUUAGACACUCCUACUUUGUAGAUGUCAUGUCAGAGACAGUAACUCAUCUGUUGCUGUUUGUAGUUUGUGUUAGUCAUUCACUAGUCCUUCAUCAGUGGUCACAGGACGCUGCCCACAGGGCUGUUAGCUGGAUAUUUUUGGUUAGUGGACUAUUCUCAGUCC